AUGAUUUUUUCUAAAGAAAAAACCAAGAAUACAACAAAAUCAUUUUUCACCAGCAAGUGGAAACGUUAUUCACUUUAUGGCUUUAUUGGUUCUGCAGUUUGGCACUACAUAUACUACACAAUCGAGUUCAAUGAAAAUAUUAGAAAACCAGAAGAGCGACGAGAUAUGACAUAUAUUCAGUGGUUAAAGAAGCAAUUCCCGGCAUUGAGGCAAUAUGGUAUCCCGUAUAGGGAGAACUCAGUGGAAAAAAAAUGA